GUGUAUUGUUCAGCACAUGAGUUGUCGGAGGGAAAUUCUGAAUUCCUGAGUUGCCUUAAGGUUUGCAUGAGUGAGUAAAUAAAUAAUGUCUGCUCGAAACAUCCGAAAAUGGCGGGAAGAAAUUGAAGCACACAUCAAUGAUGGCACUUACAAGCUGGCGGAAGUACAAAAAGUUUCGCAACGACGAAGCCCCGUAUGGAACAUUUUCAUUAAAGUGAUGGAUGAAAAUGGCUGCAUUCUGGACAGAGCUGUCUACUGUCGACAUUGUAAAAGGGUUUUCAGGGCUCAGGGUAAUAGCACAACCAGCCUAAUGCGUCACAACUGUUACAGAAUAUUUAGCUGUGUCCCUUCUCAAGUGGAGGAGCAGGAGAAGGCAAUUGAAAAGAAGACCAAAACGUAUAGGAAGAGAGUAAAAGCCAUACCAUCAGCUUACCAUGAUGCCAAUAAAUUUGAAUAUAGUUUUGAUUUUGAGCUACUCAACACCACCAUUGGCAAGGGCUUAAGAGGCGGCACCUAUGUGCUGCAGCCUAAUAAAGAAUCCAAUGAUCCCAUAUGGUCACGUUUUGCCUUUGUUGCUAUGAAGGGUAAUGUAGAGAGUAUUUUGAAGGAUGUUGUUUGCUGUAACCAAUGCCAUACGAUCCUUAAGUACCAUGACCCCAGCGGAGUAAAAUAUCUUUAUGAGCAUGAAUGUGGCAAGGAGGAUAAACUUAAGAUAAGCUUUAAAAUAAAAACUGGUCUUUAUAAAUUAAAGCAACGCCAUUGUAGCAAAAGCAAUGUAUGGAAGCUAUUUGCCCUAAUAAGUAAGGAUGAUAACACCGUGAUGAAGGAUUAUGUCUAUUGUACCGCAUGUGCAGAAAUAUUACCCUACACGGUCAGGAGUACAAAAAAAUUGAAAACCCAUAAAUGCUUUGUUCAACUGGGCUUCCAUGUAACUGAAGAUAUUCGCCCCGUUGUAGAUAUUGAGGGUAAAGGCCUACAGAACUUGGUGACACCAUGGCCAAACGCUAAAAAAAUAGUUACAAAGUCGAGCAAAGCUAUAUAUCCAACUUCUGUUAAGCCCACAAAUCAUAUGACCACAGAUUUUGGCAUGAAAGUCUUACAAAAGAGCAUCGAACAUAAAAUUAGAGCUGGCUGUUAUAAGCUUAAAGGCAUUCCAGAGUUUCCUCCAAGGUCCAUAUAUGCUUUUAUAACCAAAGAAGAUGGUAACACUUUAGGUGGUAUGGUGUCUUGUCGUCAGUGUUUACAGAUUCUAAUAUAUGAUGGUAUCAAUGAUGAAGAACUUAAACUACAUGCCAAGAGACAUACUUCCAGCCAAACUCAGCAGCAGCAGCACGUGACUGUGGCGGAAGAAGAAAUUAAAAUUGAGGAAACCCAAUUGGCGGAAAAUAAUCAACUUCAUUCCAUAAUUAUAAGAGAAGAGAUCAAUUUUGAAGAAGCCCCCCCGCUUACCCAUCAACAGUAUUCGGAAAAUUCUGUGGAAUUCAUGCAAAGCAAUGACUAUGUUGAACAAUUUGUAGAUGAAACACAGGUUAAGGAAGAAUAUUCGUUUGUUGACAGCAACUAUAAUCAGUAUCCAGUUUUCAUCAUAGAAGAACUUGAAGAUCCUACAGAUGAUUAUGUUAAGCAAGAAGACGAGAGCCAGGAGUUGUUAUAUUAUCAAAACUGAAGAAGAGCAUAAAAAGGAAAAAAACCCCUCUACAGCCUAGCUGUCAAUGCAAAAUCUCAAGAAGUGUAUUGAAAUACAUACUCAUCUAUAAUAAAUAAUAUUCCUAUACUUUAAGAUGUAUUCUAAUGUAAAUAACUGUAUUUGGUAUCACAAUGGACGAAAACGUCUAGAGGGAAUCUGAAGGCAGACUGCCACUUAAACCUAACCUAAUCUAAUUGUAUAAAGAUAUAUGCCUGUAUAUAGCGGAAAUUAGAAUUUAUUAGCUGUACAAAACUUGCUACGUUGAGAAUAAAAACUGAAUUUCAUGAAUAUAGCCAUAAAACAAAA